CUUCUCUGAGAAAAAAUACACAAAGAUCAGUUUGUUUCCCGAGAAAGUAUUGUAUUGGCAAUGGCUGUCGUCAUUGAGGAACCCAUUAUUUCUAGGCUUGAUCGUUUGGAUAACAUGUUGAGGCACUUGGAGGAUAUUAGAGGGUGCAACAGAUCUCCAAAGAGCUCUUGUGCAUCCGUUGCAUCAAGUGGGACCCUGACGAGCGACGGGCAAAGGUCGUCCGAUUUCUCCCCAAAGAGCCUAGAGAAGCACAGCCGUCCGAUCAACCACAUGAUAAUGGAGACCCAGGAGAAAGGGACUCUUAUUGAGAGGCUUGAACAAGUAGAGAACCGUGUACUGAAGCUGUGUUUGCAGCUGGAGCUGGAAUUAGAGGCUGAGAGAACAGUAUUGAAGGUGAAAACUGAGAAGAAGAGGGCUCACAAGAAGGGAUUGAAGCAACUUGUCAAACAAUGUGUAAAGGGAAAAGGAAAACAUAAUAAAGCAAGGAGUGAUUAGUGUUCUUUGAGGUGUGUUCUUUAAGGGGAUUUUUUUUUUUUUUUUUUU